AUGCACGUCUACUAAUUGAAUAAUAUAAGUAAAUAGUUCGUUAAAUCUAAAGAUAUUAAUGUAAAUGAAAGUGAUAGUGAUUUUGGUGAGUUAUUUCCAUAAUAAUUUCUGAAAUAAAAAUAAUUAUUAGUUAGUAAACAUGGUAAUAGCAUAAAUUUAAUCAGAAAAACAGAAGUUGACCAAUUUAUAGUUGAGUAAUCUAUUCAAUUUGAUUCAUAUUAUAUUUUUGGGUAGAUGAGUGAUGAUGGAGAGUAUUUGAUUACUUGGGAUUCUCAAUCAAAUUAAAUUAAAAUCAGGAAAUAUGCAGAAUAAUGA